GCCGCGACCCCAGUCUCCUUGGGGUCCAAGCAUCUGCUUCGGAGGGGAUGGAAGGAGUCGAGGAGGCCACGGCUCUUCUGGCCUCCUUGGAGGUCUCCAGUGCCCGUCCCGGGGAGCAGGGUUUGCCUCAGGCCGCAGUGGGAGAGGAGUGUGGUAGAGAGCCGUUAGAGGAGGAGAAGAUGGAGGAAGAUGUAGAGGCGAUGGAGGAGGACGAGGAAGAGGGUGAGAUUGAUUUCGAGGUGGAAGUCGUGGAGGAGGAGGCGCCUCUGUCUGGAGAGGGCGAGGAAGAGGAAGAUGAGAAUGAGCAGGAGGGUGCGGCAGCGGUUACAGGCCUUGGGUUCUCUGUGGAGACAUUUGGGCCCCUGUUCUGGAGUCAGGUCGACUCCAUUCUACGCAAUUUCCAUACCAACACACAUGUCCUGUUCUGGCCUCCCACUGACGGCCUGAUGGCCGGGGGCUGCUCCCCGCCACCCUCGGACCCUGGAGAAGGUCCGGUGCCUCCUCAGGAGCGGGAAGACCUGGGAGAGGGAGACAGAGGCUUGCAGGGCCUAGACUCUGCUGCUGAUUUUCAGUUGGGAUAUUUUCCCUGCCAACUUUUGACCCCAAUGUCUGCAUCAUUCUGCCCUAAUGAUGAGGGUGAGGAUCAGGAUGAAAAGGCUGAUGAAGAGGAAGAGGAUGAAAAUGAAAAACCUGAAGGACUCUAAAUGGAUGUGGUCUCAGCAAAGAGCAGCUCUGGAUAAUACAGGUAUUAUUGCAUAGGCUUUAGUAUGACAUAACCAUU